AAGAAGAAAGAGAGACACAAUUAGCUAGCUAGACUAGAUCGAGAUGGCAUCGUUCGGCGAGGCCCCGGCGGGGAACGCGGCGGGCGGCGAGAAGAUCUUCAAGACCAAGUGUGCGCAGUGCCACACGGUGGAGCGCGGCGGCGCCCACAAGCAAGGCCCCAACCUCAGCGGCCUCUUAGGCCGCCAGUCCGGCACCACCGCCGGCUACGCCUAUUCCACCGCCAACAAGAACAUGGCCGUCGUCUGGGAGGAAAAAACCCUCUACGACUACCUCCUCAACCCUAAGAAGUACAUCCCUGGGACGAAGAUGGUGUUCCCGGGCCUCAAGAAGCCGCAGGAGCGCGCCGACCUCAUUGCCUACCUCAAGCAAUCCACUGCUUAAUUACCGCAAAAAAAAAAACUAACUAACGUCUGUAUAUAAGAUUAAUUGCCAGACACAUG